AUGACGUCCAAAACUGGGGUUUCCGUCGCCGGCGGCAGCCCUCCGCAAAGUGUCGAGAGGAUCACUCGGAUCGCUCAGGAAUAUGACUACAACCCCGCUGUGGCUUUGAAAUACUGGCUCCGGACGGCUUCCACAUUGAUGCGAGAGGCGCAAAUUUACGAACGCGAAGGCCACGAUGAACAAGUCUACCUCCUUCUCUUCCGUCACGCUCAACUGGUCCUUGUGAACCUGUCGAAGCACCCGGACGCUCAAAAGAAUGAGAGCGACAGGCAAGCUCUCAUCAAGGCGGAGAAGGAAGUCGAGAAGAACCUCGCCAGACUCGAGGUGCUCAAGCCGCGCAUCAAUAAGCGCUAUGAACGAUACACUCAAUUGAUGCGCGAGCGGGAGUCCCGAAAGCAUUCAUCGGAAGACAAUGCGCAUCUCGACAUUCGAGAGCGGCCCGCGGACCCGGCUUUGACAGGUGUCGCCGAGCCCCUGGAAGCCGGCGAGAAUCGUGAUCUCGCAGUACGACUCGCACAUUCUGAGCUUGACCGAAGGGCGACUGUGCGCAGUCGUCGGGCCGCUGGUGAAUGGGGUGACUGGGGAAAUGCAUACCAAGCAAAGGCGGCCCCGUCGGCUGAUCUGGAUCUCAGUCAGCGCAUUCAACGUAUACGGAACAACAUGGAUAACAAAGGUGUAUCUGGUCAGCCCACCCAUCAGCGGCAACGUAGCUCGCAAGGUGCAGUCUCGAACAACUCGGCAGCCUACAACUACCCAAGCGUGCCACGGCGCCAGGCUGUAGAUCCUGCACUGACGACUGCGCACCUUGCUAUCCACGACAAGAAUGCAGAGCGUCAGAUGCCCCCUAUCCUUCCGCCUAAACAGCAUUUGGAACCCAGUCAGGCGAUGUUGGUUGACGGUACUGCGGCAUCGAAACUACCUCGGCGUCCUCCAAAAGAAUCUUCCGAACCCAAUCCACCGGAGAAGAUUCAAAGAUCAGGAGAGACCCCACGCGCAAAGCCAGACCUUGAUCCUGCCAGUUAUACAUUCAAGCCUUCUGCAUAUCUUGAGAAUGGCAGUCCGUUGCGGUCAGUGUUUCUUCCCGCUACACUACGCUCGCAAUUCCUUGAUUUUGCCGCACCGAACACCAAAAACAACCUGGAAACGUGUGGUAUCCUAUGUGGGACUUUAGUCUCAAACGCCUUGUUUAUCUCCCGUCUUGUUAUCCCGGAACAGAUUGCGACAUCUGACACCUGCGAGACCGUCAAUGAGUCUGCGCUCUUCGAUUACUGUGAUGCGGAAGAUUUGAUCAUGCUCGGCUGGAUCCAUACUCAUCCUAGUCAAACAUGUUUCAUGAGCUCGCGUGAUCUGCACACACACUCCGGAUAUCAAGUGAUGCUCCCCGAAAGCAUUGCCAUAGUCUGCGCGCCCAGUAAGAGUCCGGACUGGGGUGUCUUCCGCCUGACGGACCCGCCUGGCCUCAAGACCGUGCUUAAUUGCACCCAGACGGGUCUGUUCCACCCGCACGGCGAGGCGAACAUCUACACGGGGGCUCUUCGCCCAGGCCAUGUUGUUGAGGUCAAGCAGUUGAACUUUGAGACUGUGGAUUUGCGGCCUAAGGGACAAUGA